GAGGGAUUUCAGAGCAGCCUCCAGUCAUGCGUGUGGAGAGUCGCUCUGUGAGUGAACACAAACACACGGACAAGUGAACUGCUGGAGAGAAUGUGACGGCAAAGUGUGUUUUUUUAAAACCUGAAACACCGCCGCCGAGUUUUGUCACUACUUUUGACUCUGGUAUUGAGUUGAACAUGCAAGCUAUGGAACCGAUAACGAAGUGGACGCCAAAGCAAGUUGUCGACUGGAUGAAAGGUCUGGAUGACAGCUUGCAACAGUACGUGACUAACUUUGAGCGGGAGAAGAUCAGCGGGGAGCAGCUGCUGAAGAUCUCUCAUCAGGACCUGGAGGAGCUCGGCGUGGCCAGGAUUGGACACCAGGAGCUGGUGCUGGAGGCCGUCGAUCUGCUCUGUGCUCUGAACUAUGGAGUGGAGACGGACAACCUAAAGAACCUGGUAGUGAGGAUGAGAGCUGCCACCAACAGUCUUCACAUGUCCACGUCUGACCGUAGGAAAAGCCCCGCGUACGAUGGCAGCACCUCACGCAAGCCACCCAAUGACUUCCUUACCUCCGUGGUGGAGCUCAUAGGUGCUGCAAAGAGCCUCCUGGCUUGGCUCGACAGGACGCCCCUGACAGGGAUCAGCGACUUCACAGCCACCAAGAACAAGAUCAUUCAGCUGUGCCUGGAUCUCACCACCACAGUUCAACAGGACUGCACUGUUUAUGAGAUGGAGGAAAAGAUCCUAGAAGUUUCCAAGGUCUUGAACAGCAUCUGCGAUCAGACCGUGAGAACUACCUCUGACCCCCUGAUGAGCCAAUCGGCUUGCUUGGAGGAAGUCCAGCUGACCAAUAUCAAACCAGGGGAGGGUCUGGGUAUGUACAUCAAGUCUACUUACGAUGGGUUACACGUCAUCACUGGAACCACAGAACAUUCCCCAGCAGACCUGACCAGGAAGAUCCAUGCUGGUGAUGAGGUGAUCCAGGUCAACCAGCAGACAGUGGUGGGCUGGCAGCUGAAGAACCUGGUGGUCAAACUGAGGGAGGACCCCAAAGGUGUGGUGCUACUCCUGAAGAAGAGGCCUACAGGCACGAUGGGCUUCACCCCUGCCCCGCUCAAGAACAUGCGUUGGAAGCCCCCAGUGCCACAGAAUAAUACCUCCCUGAUCAGAGCCCAGUCUCCCUGUGGCUCCGCCAACAGAUCAACCAAAAAGGAGAAGCCAGCUAUCUUGGACUUGUACAUCCCCCCUCCUCCCACAGUGCCCUACACCCCACGAGAGGACAGGACGAGCUCCUUCUCCAGCAUCAGCAAAAGACCAAAGGGCUCUGAAUCACCCAACUCCUUCCUGGAUGAGGAGAGCAGAAGACGCUUCACCAUCGGGGAUUAUGACAAGCUAGGCGUGGGCUAUCCUAUUGAGGCCAACGUGAUACAGCCCAGAAUGAGGGAGCACAAACCUUCGCGUGGUAAGCCCCGGCCCCUUUCCAUGCCAGUGGAUACCUGCCUGGGAGUGAUAGAUCCCUAUGCUAAGCCCUGGACACAAGGAAGGAAAGGCGAAGACCUCCUCUAUAGGUACCUGAGCAAUGAGAGGAUCCCCACCAUCGCAGAGGAGGUUCCCUCAGUGUCGCCGCCCUACAGGCCUGGAGGGGACCGACAGCUAGUCAAAGGAGCUGACCACAUCCGGGGCAGCCGCUACUACUCCAACUCAGACCUCCACAACAGUGCCACCAUCCCCUACCAGGAUGACCUGAAAAAGGCGCCCUUAGCCCCCGUCUCCAAGCGUGCCCAGGCAGAACGCUCACUACUGGGACCCAACUGGCACUCUAGCAGUGACUUCCUCAACAGAUACAGUCAUCCACAUAUGCGAUCGUGGUCCUUCUCUCAAGCGGCUGCCUUCCCCAUAUCUCUGUCCCGUCCCAUGGCUGCUGAUGACUACAACCCUGUCUCCCUCCGACACAAAUCAAGGAAGAAGAACCGAGGAGGCAAUGGGACAAUGAGCAGAAGAAGGAUUUCGGUCAAAGAACUGGGGCAGCCGGACCACCAGGGCUGGCUGUACAGGAAGAAAGAGAGCAAAGGCUUCCUGGGCAUCAAAUGGAAGAAGUACUGGUUUGUGCUAAAGAAGACGUCUCUCUACUGGUACACCAACCAGAUGGCAGAAAAAGCCGAGGGCUACAUCAACCUCACCGACUUCAUGAUUGACAGAGCCAUAGAGUGCAAGAAGAAACAUGCAAUCAAAGCCUGCCACCCACAAGUCAUGAUGUUUUAUUUUGCUGCUGAAAGCCACGAGGAAAUGACCAUUUGGUUAAAUAAGCUCGGGCUGGCUUCCAUUCAGUAUGAGCCAUCAGAGAGAAACCUUGAAACAGAGUGUUACAGUGAAGCCAGUGACCAAGAGGAGGCUGAGAGCACCGAGGUUCCCCCUCCUCCCUACUCUGAGCAGACCCUGCAGGACUCUCCAGAUGCGGCUGGUCCACCUCGUAGCGAACAUCAGGACACUCUUCCUCCGCCUUACUCAUCCUCGCUCCCCAGCGAAGCCAACGGCUCACUUUCCUCGCCUGUCAGCACCAUGACAUCACAGAGCUCCGCCUCCUCGCUUGCCAAGCACCGGCAGUCCUGGUUAGACUUGGUCUCGCAGGCCUCGCCUCUCACUGGGGAGACAACAGUGGUGUGCUCGGCUCAGGUACACACACAUCAGCACCCGCAAGAGGAUGAGGAGAUCCGGUUGGUUUUACCAGGAGGCUUGGUGCCCCAGGACUCCCUAGAAACAGAGUCCAGCGAGGAGCAGCCGGCUGCAGAGGGGCAAACACAGGAGGAUGUUCCAGUCUCUGGAGAUGGGGAUCAAGAGACAAACUCAGAUGAGAUGGAGAGGCUAUACAUCCACUUGAAAGAGGCCAGCCUCUCACCCAUAGGAGAUCGCAAACCAUCCACAAAAAGGGAUUUCAGAGCCUCAUUUAUAAAACGCUGUAAAAAUCGCACUGUCAAUGAUAAACUGCACCUCAUUCGGACCCUCAACAGCACGCUAAAGGCGAAAGAAGCAGAUCUGCAGGCCAUAGAGCAGGUGCUGUCAGAUCCAGUGCUUACCUCAGACAGGUUCAGAGAGUGGAAGGAGGCCAACGCGCCCUUGCUGCAGGAUAUCUGUCUCAAACAGGACCAGCAGGGGACGCCAGAGGACAAGGCGGCCACAAACGCUGCAGCAUCAGCCACUGCUGCUUCAGUAGUAGAGACCAGUUUAUAAAGACUCCACAUGAACGGUUUUACUGUAUGUCUGGACUCAGAGGACUGCACAUUCACUUUGAUGCACGCACACACACUGCUGUUAAAUCAGACUAUUUGACAUCAGUGGAGGUCAGGUGUCUGACUAACAAGUGGAUGGAUCAAUGAAGAGGAGUUGUUUUUACUUCCUACACGGACAUGAUCAUAUUGUGGGAUUAACAGGUCACAUUAAAAUGUGAAGUGUGUCUGUUUAGUAUUACUUUUACUGCUUGUAUUACAAGAUUCACAGAUUUUAUGGUUGAUUGUUUUAUUUUGCUGUAUGGUAGGUAAUUCUGUGGAUCUAUGUACUAUACCAGUUUUAGUCUUUAGAACGAUGGAGCAUGUUGAAACAAUGGAUCCCUUGUUCGUUUCCUUGAAAUACUUCUUUUACAGUAUAUGUUUUACCUGUUAUCAUUUGGUCAGUAGUGAACAAAUUUUAACUGUUUCCAGUCUCCUAUUAGUGCCGUGCACUACCACUACCUAUUCACUUGUGCUUUACAGUAACUCUUGAAGCAUCUUGAAGUUUAUAUUAGUAUUUGGUCUAUAAUAUGUGUCUUAACACUCCCUUUAAGAGUUUUCAGACUGAACACUGAGGCCUAUACUAACACAAUAACUGUUGAACACAAAUUAUGGUAAUUUGAUGUAUUCCCCUGCAUUUUUGGAACAUAAUGGCUAUUUUCAUAAAGGAACUUGGACCCCUGGGGAGCUUUUAGAUAACCCGAUG